AGCGAUGUGAAUUUUCCAAUCAUAUGCCGGUAAUGCAUCGAUGUAUGAUACACAAACCUCAGUGAAUCUCCAAGACCUGGAGUCAGUUCCAGAGACUCGCUCGGAAUCAAGUGCACCAAAAAAGUGCACGUUGGAAGAGUCACAAACUGAAGGGCGACAUGCCGAUGACCGAGACGGCAUGGUCCAUUUCAAAAGUAGACCCCAGAGGAAGAAUCGUUGUUGGCCUUCGCUUGGGCUGACGUCUCUGAGCAUCCUAUCGUUGGUUCUGAGCAAACGAAAGAUGCAAUGUUGGAUCGUAUCAAGGAGAAGUUCUUUGUAGUGAUAAUCGCAUUAAGGGCUUCAAUA